AUGAGCCAGAUCAGCGGCACGGCGAGACAUCAGUUCGACAACAUCUUUGAAGGCAUCUACCAGGGCCCAGGCUUGAGCAACAAGCCGUGGCUCAGUGUUCUCGGGAACCACGACUGGGGAGGCCGCCAGUUCUACAACGGCUGGGACCAGCAGAUCGCUUACACCUGGGCCUCCAACCGUUGGAGGAUGCCGGCCCCGUACUGGAGCCAGCACGUGUCGUACCCGGACCUGGGCUUUACCGUUGACAUCCUCAUGCACGACAGCAAUGCCAUGGAUGCCAAGGCCCAUCAUGAAAGUGGCGUGCAUGGGUUGGGUCAUGGGCCUCCGGCCAGGCGCUGA